CCAGGUGACCCAGGGCUUCCAGGAUAUCCAGAUUCGCCGGGAUAUCCAGGGCUUCCAGGGUAUCCAGGUUCGUCGGGAUAUCCAGGGCUUCCAGGUGACCCCGGUGAUCCAGGUUCGCCAUUAGGGUCUCCAGGUUGGCCAGGCUGUCCAUUAGGGUCUCCAGUUUGUCCAGGCUGACCAUUAGGGUCUCCAGGUUGUCCUGGUUGACCAUUAGGGUCUCCGGGCUGUCCCGGACUGCCCGUAUCACCAUUCCAUUGUCCACUAUUAUCGACACCGCCGGCGCCCGUCGAGGCUUCUUCGAGGCUUUAAUCUCAAUUAAUUCAAUUACUCGCCGCUUUCGUUCACUUUCCUCGUCGCUUCCUCCAUUUUCGACAAAUAAAAUUCGAUGCUCGGUACAUCCGGGUCUGAGAUCAUCUUUCGCGUAUGACACCGAUCUGCUUAGGUAUCGACAUGUCAAAGGUAAUCAGACCAUACCGUACACUUUGAUCGGAGCACUCGAAAAAGCUUACCAAUUUUCCUGCUGGCACGAGCGCUGGUUUAAAGGUCUCAAAUAUAAUGAGAAAGGUUGAAGGUCUUUGAUAGGCCUCAGUUUUUGAAACACAGUUCUUAAUGAAAUUUUUACUAUUUCAUUCUUGUGCGACUUUCUCCUAACGAUCCACUGAAAUCAAUUUUGAUUCGUGUCUUUCUUUCAAUAGCCUCCACCGAAUGAGUCGCAUUUGUCAAAACUCGUGUACAGCUACGGGUACAAUUUUACACCCUUAUUGCAAGGGUGUUUUGGCGACGCAUAAAACAUGGUCCGAGGAUCGCGGCGCCAAGGCUGCGCGGCACAAAGCAGCGAAUGGCGUAACAAAGCGAGAUAAAGAGUCGGCCAUUUGGAAAAAUAUUGGAAAUCGCGAGAACGUCGAAGCCAGAACGGCGAACGGGUACAAUUCGAUCUGCAUCCCCGUGGUAUCCCCGCAUAAAGAGCCCGAUGCGAACGCCGUGUUCCGCUCGAGAAAUCUCGCAAAAGGAUCUGCUGUUCCGAUACACGAAGCAAACGGGACCCAGGGCAGCAGCUCCAUCUUCGUCACCGACGACGGGAGAUUACUUGCUCAACUAUCGCCUAACACGUCCACGCAACCGUGAAACUUCGGAGAUCGGUUCCCACGAAUUUUAUUCGAAUUUUUCCUCCAGGGAAUAGUAUCUCGAAGACGCCACGCUUUUAGCUGCUUUUCCUGUUCAUCGAGCUUUCGUCUCAAGAAUAUUCGCUACACUUCCGAUACCAUUUAUUUUACUCUAUUUAGUCUCUGCGCAACCGACAUUUUUUUGUUUGCUCCACUUGGAUCUUAAUAUUCGUCCGAGCGAUUUCAGACGAUACCGUAGUUUCAUCGAUCUCCGAGGACUUUUUAAUUGGCCUAUCGUUUCUCGAUUCGGGGACUUGGUUAUUUUACAGGUUUUUACAGCGAUCUUUUACAAGUUUCUUUAUUUAUUUCAGCAUUCAUCUGGCGUCGAAUCUUUAUUCGAUUUUCUAAGAAUUCAGUUCGAUUAGAAUUCGGUAGAAUUUUGGUAACGGAGUUUAAUUACAAUUCGCUGACGAAUCCCGUAGGAUUUAUCGAGACCUCUGCGAUGUCUCUCUUUUUUGGGAAGUUCGAUGAAAGUCUGGACCACCAGAUAGUGGUUGGUUACACGACAGCCAAUAAUUCAUCGAGAUACCAACACCGAUAAAAGAUCCAAUGGAACCGUACAGCUAAAUCUACACGAGUUCGCACUAAAAUUAUGAGAUGUCCGAGGGACUUACUGGUAAGAAUUAUGAGAGGCCAAUAAUACCUCUCGCAGAUUUUAAGAGACGGCGCAUGAUGAAUCGGUCCUCGAAAAUUAUUAUUCUAUUUGUUUUAAGGAAUCAAGAGCAUUUAACAGCAUUCGAUAAAAAUAUAUUUAACGAGCUUAUAAUCGGUCCUCCUAAAGUGCUAAUCGAUCGAUGGCAAAGUUGUAAUCGAUGGUUCCGGGGACAGCUCGAGAUCGCUAUCAGUUUGGCCCGAGGAUCAGCUUAAUCCGUCUCGAAAGAAAGUGCUGCUAUCGCGAGAUAGUAGCAGCUCGGCGGUCUAAACAAAUCCCGUUAAUUAGGCCGGAAUCUUCGAAUCUGAUCAUCGUGAUAAGAUCAAAGGGCAAACAUGCGAGCGGAUCCACGCAACUUAGCCAUCGCCUGACCACGAUCAAUUAAUAAGGUUCCCCAGGCCGUAUCGUUUAAUUACAGCCUAUUUACCUUGGCGAAUCAUCCUGGUAAUUGAGUAAGGUCGGGUUUAAUCGGUCUCGUGCGGCGUUUGUCGGGAUUCUGCUGCAGAACAUCCUUUCCCGUUGUCCAGUUUACGCAAUUACCACAAUUGUCCAGUCUACAAUUGAUGUGGAUCAAUCGAUUAGCUUAUUGCGAACGAGAAAUCCCACUGAUCACUGUUCUCGAUCGUCCCCGAUAUUUAACCCCGAUCCGCUGGCGCUAUAUUUCACGAUUUGCUGGGUCGAUCUUCGAUCGCGCAAAGUUCGACGCAGGAUUUAAUCACCGCGACGUUCAUAUCGCCGGAGGCUCGAUCACCCGCGAUCAACCAAAUUCUCUUUGAUCGUAACUUUCGGUUAAUUCGGCCAUACAUAUUGAUACUCGAAUCGCUGUGCGCUGCCAUCGGCAGUCUAAUUACGUCCGUAACACGCAAGAUACGUUUAUUUCACUAUUUUUUGUUUGUACCGCGUACGCGUAACACCGCGCGCGACGAUAUUUUUAAAUUCAGAACACUUCGAGAGGAAAGAGAUUUCUCGGAAAUGGAGUUCCGAAGGUGGCGAAUGGUUCCGGCUGCUAAAAAUUCUAUGCAUUUCCCGCGGAGCAAACACGCCCGACAACCGUGCGAACUUCCUGCAUAUUCUCGGAGAACAUACCUAAACUAGGAGGAACUCGGGCCGCAGAAUCCGCGUAGAGUUCGAUUAAAUCAUUCGCAGCCGACAGGCAGUAAAUUUUCCAUUUACCGACGCACCGACGACUAUGCAUCACCCUCGCCUACCUGUUUGCUCACGCUUUGCCACGGGAGGGGAAAUUGAUUUCCAGCUGCAGAACACCGGACGGUGUCCUCUGGUUUUCCGGUUUCGCGUGAAGGACACGCUCGAGGGUAAUAUUCCGGGGACGGCGGACGAAUCGCCGAGGGAACAUCGGAAAAAAGGAAAGUCCGACGGAAAGUCGUCGAAGAACUUGCGGCUCGACGACGCGCUUCGACCGCAAGAGCAAUUACUGAUAGCCGAAGGAGCUCUCGAGAAAUCAUCGCAUCCCGAAUGUUUCUCGUUCUCGGAUCUCGACGAGGAUAUGCGGUUGCUGGUGCCCGAGGCCAGAAAGAUGGAGUUCGGUGUACGUUUCCAACGACCGAAAAACGAGCUCACGGACAAGGAAAAAUCCGAAGAAAAGUCCGCGAAGAAAAAGAGGAAAGCUAAAGAAUCGACGAAAAAGGAAGGCGGCGAGAAAUUAAAUUAUUGCUACGUGGCUUUCGUGGAGGUAACUUUAGGGGGCUUGGUACACGUGCAAGACUUUGUAAUCAUAUGCUCGGUGAAAUAGAGAUUUAUGCUCCGAUUCUGGGUUCCAUUUCAUUGUGCGGCUGGUCUUAAUGAAACUCCGAGAAUAAUUUCCAGCUCCCCAAGGGCUGAAUUCGCUUGAUAUUCGUCUCCGCAACGGGCUCGUUUCACAAAUUGAACCUUAAAAACGACCUGGUAAACUUCGAGCACGCCGCCGCUGUCGAUAUCGAAUUCUCCGACAUUUUUUAAACAAUCUAGUACGUUUCUAACGAUGAUAGUAAUUUUUCAGCCACACCAAGUACCUCAAAAAUUUCAUAAAUUCAAAGAUUUAUAUUUAAUGAAAUUAGAAUUCAUUUCUAAUAAAUUGUCUUCCUUCUAUUAAACUUCUUUAUGAUAAUCGAAUAAAUUUGCAACGAACACAGUCUGGUGUUAGAGCUAUGUUUUUACUUUUUUUUUUGCUGUGACUAACGUUAAUUAACUAACGAGAUACAUAAAUUAUGUGAAAGACACGUGAUCACAACGAAAUUCAUCCAAACGCUACUGCCGCGCCAUCUGGUUUAUUCGAAAACUAUGCGCACUAAACUGUAUUUCAACAAAACAGAAUGUUUCGAUACGAUUCACAUAUAAUUACCCUACUAUACUGUUGUUGUCUCGAAAACGUUAUUAUUGUUAUUAAUAGAAUGUCAGAUUUAUCCUCGAAUAAAAUUAACCAAGCUUAAUUUUGCUCAAUAGACGAACGAUUUCAAUAAUUAGCAUUCGAAUAAUAUUAGGGCGCCAGCUUUGUUGCUUGAGAAUAUGCGAAUGCAAUGCAAUUUAAUUAUAUAUCAUAUUAUACUCUAACAAAUGUUUGUGUUGUAUA